AUGGAAUCAAACUCAAAACGCCAGAGAAUUUCUUAUUCUGUGAAAAGCAAUAGGCAAAUAAAAUAUCAGGGUGGUGUUUCCUCAAGACGCCUGAACAUUUUGAAGGGAGUCAUAGUCCGCGAAAAGGAAGAUAGGAUCAGCAAUUUACCAUGCAAAGUACUUUGUCACAUCCUCUCAUUUCUUCCAACAAAACAUGCAGUGGCAACUUCUGUUUUAUCCACCAAGUGGAAGAAUAUUUGGGCUUUAGUCCCCAUUUUAGACUUGGAGGAUAGCUUAUUGUUACAUGAAGAAAACCUUCUCAAUAAACCAGUAGGAGAUUUGAGAGUGAGCUUCUCAAGUUUUGUGGAUAGAGUGCUCAUUCUACACAAUGCACCACGCCUACAUUGGUUUCGUUUGAAAUGUGCUCAAAAUUAUGAAUCCUCACAUGUCAAUGCAUGGAUUUACCAAGCACUUCGGCGUUAUGUACAAAAGCUUGAUCUUUGUGUCCUCACUGUGCAUGGUGAUCUUUUUAGAUCAGAAUCACUGGUUUACCUAAAACUAGGCACUAACUUUGUGCUUAAUGUUCCUGCUUCUGUACUUUUACCAAGCCUCAGGACUCUCCAUCUGAACUCAAUUGAAUUUUCAGAUGAUGCUUCUACGCAUAAGCUCAUUUCAAGUUGCCCUGUGCUAGAACAACUGUUUAUAGAGGAAUGUGGAAUAAAAAACAUUCGUUGUUUUAACAUUUCUGCCCAUGCACUCAAGUGUUUGGCCAUGGAAUGUGCUAUAUUAGAUAAUAAAUAUGCUACAGAAUUCUGUGGGUAUAAAAUUGUUAUUGAUGCUCCAAAACUUGAAUACCUUAGACUAUAUGAUUAUGUAGCAGAAGGGUAUCAUUUUAAGAAUCCAAAGUCACUAAUUGAAGCUCAAGUGCAUUUGGAUUUAAGCACUCGAAGGAUAGAACAAAGGGAUCGUACUUAUUAUGGUCAAAAAGUACUGGAGCUAAUCAAAGGUAUUCAUAAUGUCAAGGUCUUGCAUCUAACUGGUGAUUCUAUGGAGGCUCUCAUGUUAUCGGGUAGCAACCUGCCUACACUGCAUAAUGUGAGCCAUUUGGAGGUAAAUGCUAACAAACUUGUUGGAUGUAUGUUUUUGCUGGACCUACUCAAAAGCGUGCCUAACAUACGAGCUCUUGAUAUUGGAGAGUUUCUGUUGAACCGAAUCAAAAGUGUAAUUAACAUACAAGCUCUCGACUUUGGAGAGGGCCUUGGAAGAAAGUGGGGAGUGGCGGAAUACAAGGGCAGUAUUUCCACAAUUAGCCACAACAUUUUUAAGAAAGCCAUAGUCCAAGAAGCCGAAGACAGGGUUUGUCAUAGAGAUAAGGAAGAGAAAGAUGGAAUCAACAGAUUACCGUACAAAGUGCUUUGCCACAUCCUAUCUUUUCUUCCAACAAAAUAUGCGGUGGGAACAUCCAUUUUAUCCACCACGUGGAAGAAUCUUUGGUCUUCAGUACCCAAUUUGGACUUUGAUGAUGAGUUAUUGUUACAUGGAAGAAAGCCUUGCAGUAAAUCAACACAAGAUUUGAGAGUGAGCUUCUCAAGUUUUGUGAAUAGAGUGCUUAAACUACACAAUGCACCAUUUAUACACAGGUUUCAUUUGAAAUGUGGUCAAGACUAUGAACCCUCGCAAUUGAAUGCAUGGAUUUGCAGUGCAGUGUGUGGUAAAGUUCAAGAGCUUGAUCUCUGUUUCCCCAUGAGAAACUCUAAAUACUCUCUAUAUUGUGGCCUUUUUACAUCUAUAUCACUGGUGUACCUUAAACUAGGAACAAAAUUUGUGCUCAAUGUUCCUGCUUCCGUACUUUUACCAAGUCUCAGGACUCUCCAUCUGAAUUCAAUUGAAUUUUCAGAUGAUGACUCAACUCAUAAGUUAUUUUCUAGCUGCCCUGUGCUAGAAGAACUGUCUAUAGUGAAAUGCGGAAUGAAAAGAAUACGUUGCUUUAAGAUUUCUGCCCCUAUAUUGAAGCAUUUGACCAUUGAAUGUGCUAUAGAAGAUGAAUAUAGUACGGAGUUCUGUGAGUACAAGAUUAUCAUUGAUACUCCAGCCCUUGAGUACUUUAGAUUGUAUGAUUUUGUGGCAGAAGGGUAUGAUUUAAAGAAUCUAAAGUCACUAACUGAAGCUCAAUUGCAUGUUGAAUUAAGCACUCCAAAGUUGGAACAAAAAGGCUAUGCUUACUAUGGUCAAAGACAACUGGAACUAAUGAAAGGUAUUUGUGAGGUCAAAAUCUUGCAUUUAACUGGCGAUUAUAUGGAGGUUCUCAAGUUAUCAGAUUGCAACCUGCCUACGUUACAUAAUGUGAGCCAUUUGAAGCUGAGCAUUAACAAACAUUCUGGAUGGCAGUUCUUGCCGGACUUGCUCAAAAGCUUGCCUAACCUACUAGCUCUCUACUUUCCAAUGGGACUUGUACAUGAGCGGGGAGGAGAUUGCCGGCGGGAUCAACCUGAGUGGGUUCCUCGUUGCUUGUUGUCUUGUCUCAAGAAAAUAUUAAUUUGGCAAUUUCAGGGGCAGAAAGGUGAGUACAAGCUGGUGAAGUAUUUGUUGCAGAAUGCAAGCGUUUUAAGUGUGUUUAGUAUAAAAUCUCAUAAUAAUUUGACUAUAGAAGAAGAAUUGAAGAUUAGUAAGAAGUUGUUGUUGUUGCCAAGGGGCUCAAAGACAUGUCAGGUUGUAUUUUCAUAAUUCUACUUCCUAUUUUGUAUAGAAAUUUAUUAUCAUUGAAACUUUA